AUGGUGGACUAAAAUAAGUAGAAGUUGAACACAACAAUAUUUGGAAUGAUUAAUGAGGAAAUUUUAAAGGUGAAUAAAUGGAAGAAAGAUAUUUAAGAAUAAAAAAAUUACACCAUAAGCAUUUAUGAUUCUUUGAUCGAAACUAUUGAUGAAUGGGUUAUUAGUAUUAAAGAUUAACAAUUUUCACAAGAAAAUAAGAAAUUUUUAGAAGUAUUGGACGACAUGAGUGAUAAUUAGGAAGGUUGGAUCAAGUAUAACGUAUACCAAAUAGUCUCUUCAAUAAUAUUAAUAGAUAAUAUUACACAGAAAAAACUUUAGACCCAAUUCGACGAACUGAAUGCAAUUCUUAACAAAUUUGCUAUGAACAAUUAAUUUAAUGAAAUCUUUUCAUAAAACCUUAAUAUAUUUUGGAAUUCAUACAAAAUUGCUGAGCAAUUCAGAAAAAAUUAAUUAAAUGAUUUUGAAAAUAUUGUAUGUAAAUCCCAUAAUUUACCAAUAAGUUCUUUUAAUAUUUAAAAAAAUUUUCCAUUAGAAUAGAGAGUUUACUGUAAGAAAUGCAAGGGAAAAGGAGAGUCUAUUGAAGAAUUGAAGAAAGUCUUAGAUUAGUAUUUUAUAGAUCAGAAUAGAUAGUUGUAAAAGAAUUCUCAGAAAUUUAUAAAAGUGAUUUAGAAGCAUUGGUUAAGUUUAAUAAAGGACCUUUAAUUUUCAUUUUUCUCCCAAUUAAAUAAUUUAACAUUCUAAUUGUAAAAUUAGGAAUAAAAAUCAAUUUUAGAUUUUAUUUGCAAGGUUUAAAGAUCCGAAUGCUCCAAUCUUAGCAACUACUAAAAUUUAUGCUAAAUGUUAAGUGAAAAGGAUUAAUCUAUUCCAGAAUGCUAAAUAGGUGAUUAAUAGCUUAGAAUUCUUGUUUUUGUAAAAGAUUUGGUAUCAAAAUUAUAAAAUUCAAUAAAGAUAAUCUAAGAAAAACAUCUCUUUAUUUAAAAAUCUAAAGAUAAUUAACCAAAAAUCGCAGACUUGUAAAUUUAGAGAGAAAUAUAUUGGAAAAAAUUGCCUUUAAACACUAUUUGGAAUGAUAUUAAUGUUAAACCUAAUUGUGCAUUAGUUACUAAUUUAGAUUCUUUAUUAUUAAAAGGAGUAAACAAUUGUAUCGAAAUACAUCAUUCAAUAAAUUAGCGUUUAGCAAAGAAAAUUUUAUUUCUUUAACCAAAGCAAUUUGUAACUUGUUUUGCUGAUUGUUAAAUUGCUAAUUGCUUCAUAGCUGGUUAUAAUGAUGGAAAGUUAUAAUAUUGGAAAAUAUUAAAGCCCUAAAUGAAUUUUUAUCAAAAUAUUGAAAAUAUCUAAAAUUUUCACUUCGAAUCACCCCAAUAUAAAAAUCAUACAGAUUAAAUUAAUUUUAUAAUUUUGGAAUAAUCAAAAAAUAAUAAUACUAAAUACUUAUUUACAGCAAGUUCAGAUGGAUUGAUAAAUUAUUGGGAAUUGUAAUUAACAAAUAAUCGAAUGAGCUUCCAAUAUUCGCUGAAGAAACAUGAAAAAUCAGUGAUGGCUUUAGCUUUAAACCAAAAAGAUGAUAUUUUGGUUUCAUGUGGUUAGGAUAACAAAAUAGUAAUUUGGGGUAAGAGAUAAAAUUAGACAUCUUACUUAAAAUCACUUUGUCAAAGAUUCAAGUUUCGAAGUUCGAUAAAUAUCCACAAUUUUAUUUUGAUAUCAACUUUUCAUCCUUCAUCACAAGUAUGA